CAGUCUCCGGAAAGAAUGGAUCUCUGCGCAGAUAGAGUACAGACCCCCGAGAAGGGUUGUGAACUCUGGGCAUCGUUCGCAGAGAUUCGAAACGAGAUGUACUUUGAGGUAGUCCUCCAACUGCCUAAGAACCAAAGACCCAUUCUUCUCUGGUUGCCAACGCCGAUGUCGAGGAUAAGAGCUGCAUCAAAGGCCCUCAUUACAAUUUACUGGAUGAGAUUCUCGCAGCGAGAGACACUAGAGCGGAGAGUAAACUUCUUAUGAAGACGCUGAAUGAAGCUAAGGUGAACUACUUGCGGGUGACUGCGAAUACCCGGGAGAAGCAAAGGAGAAUUGGGGAGAUUGAGAAGAAGACAUUGGCGUUCAGACUAGAUAGGGAUAGUGAGUUGGCUCAGCAGAAGAUCAUUAAUAAUGUCCUGAAGGAGAGGCUGGACAUGGCGAUUAAUGAAGAGGAGAAACUGAUGUACCAUGAGAAGUACUACGAACGUUAUCAGAAUGAAAUGGGCGCAAAAUUAGGGCAUGUGGAAGAUGGGAAGGAGGAAAAAUUGAUGGGAGCAGAAGUUGAUCCUCCUUCAGGAGUAAAUACUUUUGAUGAAGGAAAAGGGUUAUCUGGAGUGAGUCCAGAGGUGGAUCUCCCCGGGGGGAACGUCAAUCCGCAAACUGAAUCAGAGGAAAUGAAGGCGAUACCAACUGACGUUCAGGUGCCUCUGACUUCCCCGACAGUCCCUCGUGCAGGUUCUUGGGAUGAAAGUGCGGAAAACAGACGCUCUGGUGGUGAGACUGGGGAGAUAGAUGGAACGAUACAGCAGAGGAUCAUUGAGAGACCCUUCAAGGAACUCAACUUAGUUAGUGAGAAGGAGAGACUAGAGAGGCAAGAGGAAGUCCAGCAGAUGUUUGGGAAUUUAGAGGAUGUAGAGCCUGAAGGGGUGGAACAAUCGAUGGAGUCAGGAAUUGAUGUUCAUUCUCAAGUACAUGGUCCUGAUGGGGAAGAAAUGAUUUCUAGGGCAUCUUCAGUUGCUGGUGUUCCUGAGGGAAAAAUCGAAUCUCAGACUGAAUUAAGGAGAAUGGAAAUUCCAACUGAGGAUCAGGCGUCUUUGAAUUCCCAGACGCAAUUUAGUGCAAGUUCCUUCGAUGAAGGAGUGAUGAGCAGUUACUCUGAGAGUGAAGUGGUAGAUAGCUUUAGAGGGAAUCAAAUUUCGUGUUUUAAAGAUUCAGCUGUUCCUCCGUCAGUCCUAGAGGCUGAGGGCGGUUUUGCAAAAGGGGUUGGCAUGGUUACACCUAAAGUUCCUCCUUCAGAUCUUCAUCGUCCAACUGAUGACGAUCAGAUUAAUAUGGCUUGCGAGAAGACUGUGUUGUCUUUGAAAUCGCCCCUUAGUUUUGAAGAUUGGUCUGAUGAUGGCAGUGAAGAGCAGAAUAUUGUACAAACCUUGUCUCUGUGUUCAUCAGGAACUUAUGAAAUCCCUUCAGUACAACAGACUUCUCUGAUUGCAUGUUCGGACACCAAAAUGCAGGCCCCUGAAUCACAAAUCAGUCAAUCAUUUGAAAGAGGAGCUUCUCAUGAAGGGCGUAAUCUUGAAACCCAACUCGUGUCUGAAAUUAACGAUCGUCGUGCACCUAUACCACGAAUGUCAUUCGCUGACGACAACUACAGUACAAUUCUUCCAGGGUCUCAACCUAUGCCUGUUGGAUCAGUUGGGUACCCUGAACCUGGAAAAUCUCCAAGAGAUGACAUUCUUAUUACAACUCAGCAAAUUUUGGAAUCGUCGAGUGAUGGAACUUCAACGGCCGUCGAGAUGGCUUCCACCAGCAUUAAUGUCGUUCUGCAGGAAAAAGAGGACAUUGAGGGUGAGAAAAGUCAGGAGCCUCCGUCAUUAGAGUCCAGAGACCAGUAUUCAGACAAUGAUCUGGUGUUUGAAGCUGCUGGACCCUCAGAGCCCCGGGUGAAGGUCUCUGAAUCAACAAUAAAUGAUUUGAACGAAUAUGAAUCUAUCCACGUUCAUUCUCCCGGCUCAGAGGCGUCAACGGAGGUUCCUGAAUUAAGAAUAAUUGAUUCAGAUGAUCUUGAAGCGAGUAAAGCACAACCUCCAGACAGUCCUUCUGCAUCUCAUCCUUUGGGAUCCCUAGAGCCUGAAAUGGAAGUGUGUGCAUGGAAGCUUCAAUUCCCCUAAUUUACAACUAGAAUUAUUUCUUCGAAAUUAACAUUUUUAAGAAGCAAUUUGUCUAAAACAAACAAUCGAAUUAAUUAAUGAUAUUCUUGAUGAUUAUUUAAUGAUAUUCUUUUGUUAUUCGACAAUAUCUACAUAAAUUUAAACAAUUCCCAAACGUAGUGAAAAGUCAAUUUAAUUUUCUUGCGGAUCACGGCAGAAUGAAGAAAACAAAAGAUCACUUUUGCAAUAUUUUAUUCAUUUAAAAAAUAACAUAAAAAUUUAGUGUCACGUAAAUUAGAUUUUUAGUCUAAUAAAUGGUGGGGAAAAGACUGCUUGGCGAGUGAUUAAAGGAGUUUCGAGGUUUUAUUAUGGUCAUUAGUCCCUCAAAAGAAUCCUAUUUUUCGUAGAUAAGCCCCUCGUCUCACUCCUAGUGGGGUAUACCCCUUCCGGACCCACAAUUGUCAGUCUACAAAAACAUUAAAACAAUGGAGAUUAACCAACGAGGAAAAAAGAGUGAUUUUUGAGAGAAAAAUUACUAAACAUUAGAAAAAUAGGAAGUUUUUGAAAACUAGAGGACAUCGUUACAGUUAACUAAUAAUAGUAAUAAUAUUUAUUCAAUAAUUGAAUUCGAAUCAUCUAAUAAUUUGGUUCGUAGUAGACCAACAAUAAACUGCCGGAAAUUAGUCAUAAAUUACCACUCCAAGGGAGUCGUUAAUUUUUUCGGAAUAGUUUACUAUAUUUACCGGUUAAAACGACCUUGUUCAAUGGGCAUCAUCAGGUCACUUCCAAUUCCCCAGCUUAAUACCCGAGAGAUUUCCGGGAGAGCGCCGACAAUACCUGAAUCCUCACAUUAAGUGUUUAGGAUAUAGACAAUUAUCGUGUAUCAUAAAACUGUCAUUAGUACCCGAUCAAUUAGUAAAUCGACCAACUGCUGAUGUCCUAAUGAGGUGUCCACGGAAUUAGCAAAUACCUUUUUCUGAGACGUUGGGUUUUAAAAUGAUAUAAUUUGGAUUAAUUCAAUAUCCUUUCAAAGUUAUAAAAAAAAUAUAUAAAACAUAUAUGCGAGAUAUAUAUUUUAUAUAUAAUUUUUAUAUGAACUGGACCAUCUCGAAAUAUUUUGCAAAAUAUAUAUUUAAAUAUGAAUUAUUCAGAGUGGGAGGCAAAUAACACAACUCCAACUGGUUCACAUUCUUUUAUAAUUUUACUUGUCACUAUAAUAUCAUCAAAUUCUCAAAGUGCAACGGGAACAAAUGUAUUUCUGUACGUAGAAACAAACCUUCGACAAAUACUUCAAAAUUUUGUGUUUAAAAA